AUGCUAGCAGAUCGAGCCCGGAAAUCUCUGCUUCCUUUGAAGUUACCAGAAGGAUUUCAGAGCAAAGUGGUUGCACCACGCAAUGCAAAGUUGGUUACAGAAGAAAAGAAGGAUGCUCCACUGACACCCUCGGCUUUUCUAAAAGAGAUAUCUCUCACAACGGAACAAAGGCUGGCAAGCACCCAUGAAGUACACUUGCCUCGCAUUAUUCAGCUUUUGGACAUGAAUGAAACCUCACAUCAGAAAUUCUCCUCUGUUGAUCUGGAUCGGACUCUGUUUCAACCAUUUCCAUCAGAAGUGGUUUUUCAAAACUAUGCCUCUUGUGAGCUCUACGAAGUACCACUGAUCCUGAGGAACAACGACAAGAUCCCACGGCUUGUGAAGAUUGUUUGUGAGAGUUCACCUUACUUCAGAGUCAUCAGCCCCAACGAUGUGUGCAACAAAGUUGCACCUGGCAUGCCCUCCACAUUCCGCAUUCUCUUCACUCCUGAGGAAAACAAGGAUUAUUUCCAUGAAUUAACUUGCAUUACUGAGAGGGAAAAAUUCAUUGUGCCUAUCCGAGCAAUUGGUGCCCGAGGCAUUUUGGAUUUCCCAGACCAACUGAAUUUCUCCACAUCUCCCGUCAAGAACAAUACACAGAAAACUCUGCUUGUUCGGAACAUUGGCAACCGAGAGGCCUACUACCAGAUUACCACCCAGAGACCAUUUUCUGUCAAACCCUCAAUUGGGACUCUUGGAGUAAACGAAACCACGCAAUUCACUAUUGACUUUUAUACAGAAAAAAGUGGCAACCACUGUGAAGACCUUGUUAUACAUUAUGAUACAGGAGAAGACAUUCAUGUCAGUUUAUAUGGCGCUGCUACAGAUGUCAAUGUGAGACUGGAUAAAAACUCCUUGACAAUCGAGAAGACUUACAUCACUUUAGCAAAUCAGAGGUCUGUGGUCAUACACAAUUGGAGUGAUAUCAUUGCACAUUUUCAGUGGAAAGCAUUUGCAACGCAUGAAAAGGAGGAAGAGAAAAAACAGAUGAUGUGUCAAACCAUGCAGGCUGAACAGAACAGUGUACUUGAUCAGCUUCUGGUGGAAUGUAACAUGAAUCCAGCACUUCGUGAGCAUCUCUCCAUUGUCACCCGUACCUUUGAGAACCGACAGGCAAUUGUCCAUGAAGAUGCAAUGCUCUUCAACAAUAAAGUCUUCUCCAUUGAGCCUCUGGAGGGAGAUGUUUGGCCCAAUUCUACAACUGAAAUCAGUGUGAUGUUCAGACCACAAGAAGCCGGGAUGUAUCUUCAGACGGUCUACUGUGAUAUUACAGGCCGAGAGACCAGGCUCCCUCUGCGUAUCAAGGGGGAGGCAAUAGGCCCCAAGCUACUUUUCAACUUUGAUCAGCUGGACGUUGGGAAAAUUUUUGUGGGAUCAUCUCACAGUUAUGAGGCCAUCUUGUCUAACCAAGGAGCUAUUGAUGCCCUCUUCCACUUGAUGUGGCCCUCCACUGUGCUGGGUGUCUGCUUUGCCUUUCAACCCAGAGAAGGAAUCGUUGAGCCAGGUGGCCAUCAGGCCAUUCACAUUUCUUUCAGUUCUACUGUUCUGGGCCCCUUCUCGGAAGAGUUCAAGUUCCAUGUGAAUGGAUCUCCCCAGCCUGUGACCUUAGUGAUUCGGGGCUGUGUCAUUGGACCCACUUUUCAUUUCAGUGUCCCCUCUCUCAAUUUUGGGGAUGUCUCCUUCGGUUUCCCUCAAACCCUAUCCUGCUGCCUCAGCAACACUUCACUGGUGCCCAUGACUUUCAGCCUGCAUGUCCCAGGAGAUGGUAAUGGAGAACCAAGUAUUAGGAGUCAGGAUCAAGUCUCUGACAUCUCAAGCCCAACGUGGAGAAAGGCAUGGUUUGCAUCUGCAAAGCCCAAAGAAUUUACCAUCUCUCCCAGCUAUGGUACCAUUCGUCCACAAGGAUUUCUGGACAUUGAGGUGACCUUAUGCUCAAACACAGUGAAGACCUAUGAAACUGCCCUUGUAGUGGACAUCAAAGGUAGUGGGGAGGAUGUGCUGGCCCUCCCAAUUUCAGCAAGAUGCCUCACACCUCCACUACAUGUGGUUAGCCCCACUGUGAAUUUUGGACGUUGUUUCCUGAAAUUUCAGUAUCAGCAAGUGGCAAAACUUGUUAAUGAAGCUGACCUUCCAGGGUGCUAUGGUGUUCUUCCCCAGGAAUAUAAGAACUCUCCCACCAUCUUGUAUUCAAGUCCAGUGCCUUGCGGUAUUAUUCCACCUCAUGCCACAGUUGAAAUCCCAUUAGUUUUAGAAGUCGAGGAAAGAGGCCACCAGGAAACAAUGGCCUACAUAGCUAUCUUUGGGAAUGAAGACUUUCCCCUGAAAAUCCAAUUGGUGACUUUUGGAGAAGGUCCUGUUGUUUAUGUGCAUCCAACUACGAUAGAUUUUGGCUGCAUCCAGGUUUUAAAGAAUGUUUCCAGGGCACUUUGUCUUUCAAAUCAGUCUGUUAUUCCUGCACCAUUUAAGGUACAGAUGGCCCGUACUCCUUCACAGUGGAAAAUUGACCCCAGUGAAGGGGUUGUUCCUCCAGAGGCAGAAAUAUCACUUACUCUUAUUGUUAAUUUGGAUGAUACCGUAUUGUUUCAGGACAAAAUCAACCUGGCUAUAGAGAACAGUAAUUCUUAUAUUAUUCCAGUCCUGGCCACUGGCAUUGGAACUACCAUUGUCACAGACAAGCCAUUUGCUCCUGCCAUCAAUCUGGGACCCCAUUUCAGUUUGGAUCCGUGCUGCUAUCGUUUCAAGAUCACCAACUGUGGGCGUCGCACCCAUCAGCUUUAUUGGAUGACUGAAGGUUUUGCCCCAUUUCGCCAGCACAACACACUCCCUGCCAUCAGCAACAACACCAAGAGCCAGACCAUCCCCUCAAAGACAGAAUCUCAAGGUCCUGUGUUCAAGCUUCAGCCACUGAGAAUGGAACUGGCCCCAGGAAAGAGUAUGGACAUGGUCCUGGAAGGAUCUUCUGACGUUCCCAAGUUGGUAAAGGAGAGAUUGCUGUGCCAUGCGAUCAUAGGGAAGCAGUCUGGAAAAGAACGCAUCAUGAAGGUUGAUGUCACUUGUGAAUUCAUCGCGCCAGUUCUGCAGAUUUCCUCCAGAGCAGUUACUUUCCAUGUGGAGAAGAACCCCAGUGAUCUUUUGACCGCACAGUACAAGCCUCUGUUCUUGAAGAAUGUUUCAUCUUUGCCACUCAGGGUUGUCCUUUCUUUGCACGAGCCCUUUGCCCUCUGUGAUGCGAAUCACAAAAAGAUUCCAGCUCCUGAGCAGCCUUUAAAGAUGGAUAUUGGAGAGAUACAUCAUCUUUCAGUCAGGUUUAACCCCGCCUAUAGAGAUGACCUUUGUAGUCGAGUAUCAGAAGAGAUUCUCGUUUUGCGUUACUUGGAGCAUCCUCAUGUGGACUAUGUCGAUCUCCGGGGAGAAGUGCAUUUUCCAAACCUCCACUUCCAAACAAUGGAUCUCAAUUUUGGCUGCAUCUUGAAUGACACAGAAGUUAUCCAUGAGAUCAGUAUGAGCAACUACAGUCCCCUUCUUAUCAAAUAUCGCUGGUCCUUCCUGACAGAUGACCGUGAAUCCUUUAUCAGGUUCAGCUCUGAAAACAUUCGGCCUCUUCGUGCCCAGAAAAGGACAGAAGAGCAGGAGAUCCUGAAGCCACCACAAAGCCCCCCAAGGUGCAAGAUUCACAAGGAUUCCAUCAGAAAAACAGCUGGAGAAGAAAAUACCAGCUGUGCAAGUGGAGAAGAGAUUUCUGUUAAAGAACAUGUUAAAGAACCUGUGAAUGAUGUACAGAUUAUGCCUGAGAUACAGUUAUUUUUGCAAACUUCUGAAGUAGACCAGGAGGCUCCAGAGAAGAACCAGGCAGGAAUCCAAGAAGUCCUGUGGUGUGCAGAGUCAGAGGAACCACACUUGACAGGCGUGGAAGAAGUUUUUGACAUCCUGCCACUAUAUGGAACAUUGCAGCCAAACGAGACCCAGCAAAUGUCAUUUACUUUCUACGGCCAUGCCAACAUUGUUGCUUGUGUCAAAGCACUCUGUGAAGUAGAGGGAGGCCCCACCUAUGAAAUUCUGCUGCGGGGUGAAGCCUCGCUUGUUCACUAUGUGUUUGACCAAAAGGAAAUUGAUUAUGGGCUCCAGCCCUUUGACCACAUCUGUAUGGCUGAGAUCAUUCUGAAAAACAAAGGAAAAGUUGGAUUUGAAUACUCUGUACUUGAUGCCAUCCAGGCCUCAGCUGACAACCCACCCCCUGGUGUGCCACUGACUCUACCUGCCACUAAUUAUAUUGACUCAGGAAAAGAACAAAUAUUGAAGGUCUAUUACUUACCAGGAGUCCCAGAGGUCUUUCAGAGAACCUUCCAAAUACAGGUGGCUCAUCUGGAACCAGAUAGUAUCACUCUGAAAGGACAGGGUGUUUUCCCUAGAAUUUGCUUGGAUCUGCCCAGAAAUAUUCGUGGAAAUGAGCGGUACAGCAGCAUCCUCAAAGAAGUGAAGCAGCGACUAGAGCAGGAAACACAGAAAGAUUUCACCAGUAAUUCCGAAGCAUUGGCCACUGAACCACCUAUGGAAGAAUCCUUCACCAUGCUCGACACACAACUGCAGUUGGAAUUGGAAAGGCUGCUUGUUCAAGAGCACUCUCUGGAGCAGCAGAAGCUGCUGGCCUCUGUUUCAGCAGAUGACCCUGCUGCCUGUCAGCGAGCUCGCCGGAAACUGGUCAAAGCCCAACUACCUGAGUAUAUCUUAGAUUUUGGCUACAUAAUCAUGGGCACCAUCAGAACUCACAUCAUCAAGAUCACAAACACCGGCCACUUCCCUGUCUCCUUCCAUGCAGAUCGACGGGACCUACGGGACACAGGUUUCAAUACUGAACUGGAUCGUGUGAAGAAUCUACCUUUCUGUGAGACAGAGACGUUCGAAAUAUGGUUUGACCCCCAGAGUGUCGGCUGUGCCCUUGGAGAGACAGAAGUGCUGUUGCCCAUCAAGGUUGUUGCUGGUCCCACAUUCCACAUCUUUCUUCGGGCAACGGUGAUCAUGCCAUCUCUCUGCAUGUCCAGUGACAAUCUGGAGUUCUCUGCUGUCCAGUGUGGACAGUGCCAGGUAGAGACCAUACAGCUUCACAAUCAACUGCAGGUCGUAUGUGAGUGGUUUGCCACAAGCAAUGAACAAAUGAAAAAGGUGGAUAAGCACAUGCCGAUGACCUUGCGCCGGAAAAUGCGGGAACACAAGGUGAAGCCCCAUGUCUUUGAGAUGAUUCCCCCAUAUGGGAUCCUGGGUCCCGGAGAGCGGCUCAACGUGCAGGUCAAGUUUGCCCCAAGAGAAGAGAAAUUAUACCACAAUGUCCUGAUCUUGAGCAUUUCACAGAGCACUCAACAACUGCUGCUGAAUGUCUCUGGGCAAGGCCUGGAGCCACGUCUUGAAUUCAGCCCCUCCCUCCUGGAACUGGGGCCUCUCCUUCCCUAUGGCGUUGGAGAUGAAGCUGAAGUGGUAGUGAAGAACCCUUGCAGCUUCCCUAUUGAGUUCUACUCCUUAGAAUUUGACCAGCAGUAUCUUCUAGAAGAGCGGAUUUUGCGGAUGCUGAAGGGCUACGAUAACCACCAUAUCCUUCUGCUGCCUCCUCGAAUGCCUGGAGAGAAGCUGCCUCUCGAGGUGCUGGAAUAUUUUGAGGAACAAAAGAAGAUUCAAGGCGACCCGGAAGGAUUGAAUCUGGAUAAUGAGGAAGAAGAAAGCACUCACUUUUCUGAACAUGGAAUGAAGCCUCAUUCUUCGGUUAUGCAAGCACCAGCCAUGGGGGCCCCUGCUCUUCCUUCUCUGUCACUCAUGGACAAUAAUCGGACACUCCAGGCAGAAUCCAAAAUUGAUCAGGAGGAAGAAGAGGAAGAAGAGGGAACUGAAAAAGGUCAAGGUCAAGCAGGGAGUCAACAAAGUCUCAACAAGCAUAAGGAAGCGGUUGGAGAGCUAGACAACAAUCCUGUUUCUAAAGCCAUUGCUCGCCAUCUUGGCAUCGAUAUCUCUCCAGAAGGACGCGCUGCCAGAAAUCGUAGGGGUAUUGCUAUUAUAAUUCACGGAGCUCCCCUUACAGGGAAGACUAGUGCUGCUGUAGUCCUGGCCAAACACUACAGUUCAGCUUGCUUGUCCAUUGACUCGGUGGUCCUGGAAGCCAUCUCUGAUGGGAGCAGUUCAGCAGGGCUUCGUGCACGUGAACUCUGCAUCCGAGCUGCUAUUGAGCAGGCACAGCGAGAGAACGAGGAUGGUGGCCCAACUCCAUGCUUGUCCCCAGCUAGUAACAGUUGUGGAUUUGCUCUGGUAUUCUGCAGGAUUCGCCACAAUGGCGUUCAUGUACGCCAUAUCAUCGAAAUAAGUCAGUCUACAUCAAUCCAGGUACCCUCCAGCCCUAUUCCCAGCGCCCCCCUCCAGCGACGCCUGAGUGUCAGUGCCAGUGGAAUUGGGGAUUAUGGUCUGAUGAGUUGCGUGCUUCCAGAUGAGCUUUUGGUGGAGAUUCUUUCAGAGAGGAUGCAGCUGAGUGAUUGCUAUCGUGGUAUGGUGUUCGAUGGGUUGGAAACUAUGUUUGCCCGCAGCAUGGUAUCAGCGCUCCUCUGCCUGCUUAAAGCGAUCAACAACCGGCGGUAUAUUUAUUUCGUGAACCUCUUUCAGGAUUUUGCUGCUAUGAAAGCUAGAGAGAUAAGCAAGCAAGAGCAGGAAGAGCGGGAACAGCAGGAAGCGGUUGCAAGAGAGAAGGCUCGUCUUCAGGAAAUGGAUGAAGAGGAGUAUGAUGCUCUUACAGAAGAACAAAAGAUCCAAUUUGACAAUGAGCUGUUGCAGGCCUUACGGGAGAGAAAAAGAAGGGAGCUGGAGAAGCUAGCUCGAGAGCUGGAGGAAAAGAAGCAUCAACAAGAACUGGAGCGCCUGCGGGAGGAAGAGGAGGUGAAGAAGAAGUCCAAGCGAUAUAAGAAGGAUGGGGGCAAAGAGAAAGAAGAGGCAGUAGGGAAAAAAGGCCAGCAAGGAGGCAAGCAGAAUCCCACCAUAUCAGCUUACAAAUCAGAAGGGAGGCUGAAUGAAGGGCUUGAGCGAAAAGGUUCUGCAAAGGAGCGUCCAGAUGUGAACUUCAAUGACAAAGAUGAGAAGAAAAAGAAGAGCAGAAUGGCCCUGCAGAAUGGGCAGCCAGGCGCAGCGCCCCCUGCAGCCCAGGAAGAAGAGGAAGCAGAAAAGGACAUGAGUGAGAGUGAGAAGAGCUUGGCACAGCGGUUCAAGCUGUAUGAGGCCAGCCAGAAGGAGAUCGCUCAGAUCCUGAUGUUCUGGGACAGGGUCCAGUUGGUCCAGCUGCAGCCACCAGGCUCAGAGGAUAAGCAGGAGGAAGCUGAGGAUCAGCGCCAGGCUCCGUCCGGUCGUAAAGGCAGGAAGGACCGGGAAAGAGAGCGCCAGGAGAGGCUGGAGAAGGAGCGGGCAGAGAAGGAGCGCUUGGAGAAGGAGAAAGCAGAGCGGGAACGCCUGGAAAAGCUGAAGGCCAUGGAGGACAGCAGAGCUGCUGGACUGGAGGGAGAAGGGGGAGAAGGUACAGAGAGAGACAUUGGCAUCCCCUCUCUGGAAAUCCAUGUCCUCAGUUCCGAGGAGUCCAGUGGCAAGCGGAUCCUGGAAAGUGGCAAACUGCCCAGGGUUAUCCAGAUUUUGAAUGGUUUGGGGCUGGGCCCUUCAGGACCACCCAUUCCUCCCACUGCCUUUUUCUCAGUGAUCCCAUACCCCGAAAAGCGACCAGCACAAGUUGCCUCAGAAGCUCUCAAGCAUUUCACCUUCAUCAUUCCUGAAGAACUGAAUCCAGAGGAGGACAAAAAGGAGGGUGAGAGUGGUGUGGAGACUCCAGCGAGUCUCCCUGCGGCAAAGGAGGAUCUGGCCACCCCGACUCGAGGCAGGUCCAGGAAGGAGAAACCUGAGGUCUCCCGGGAAGCCCCAAAGGAAAAGAAAGCUGCUCCUCGCAACAGAAAAGGCAUCCACCUCAGCCCCGGCACAAUGACAACGCUGUCUGAGCUUGAUCAGGGCAGCCCCACUGCAGAGACCUCCAGUGAGAAGCUGCUCAGGUUGAACUGCUUUCGUUGGAUUGUCCCUGCUAAUGGGGAAGUUUCGAUGCGCAUCCAUUUCUCUUCCACCAAAACAGGACUCUUUGAUCAGGUCCUAAAUUUUGAAAUCCUUGGAACUCGGAGACAGUAUCAGGUGUGCUGCAGGGGCACCUGCACAUACCCCACUAUUUGCCAGGAUCCCACGAUAGUGUUCCCACACCGUAAGAGGACUAUCAAACCUGAUGAAAUUGUGUACAAGAAAUACAUCCUGAGCUUGGGUAUAUUCCACUUUGGUCCCUUGCUUUGUGGCAAAUCAAGAGAAAGGUACAAGGCUUCGCGAUAUCCCAACCACUUAGAAAAGCUCACCAUUCUCAACAUCUCCCCUUUGGAGGUCGAAGUACAUUUCUUCUUCCAGCAUGACUCCAGGGCAGUCACCUACCUAUUGGAUCCGCCCAUGCUGAUGCUGAAGCCAAACCAGAAGCAAGUGUUGACAGUCUGGGCUUAUCCAACAGCGGCUGGGGUCUUUGAAGACUGCAUCGUCUGUUGUGUGAAGGAGAACCCGGAGCCGGUCAUCUUCCGGAUCUGCUGCCAGGGGGUUCGCCCAGAAGUGGAGCUGGACCGCCGACAGCUGCAUUUUGAGAAGUUGCUGCUGCACAGGAAGGAAACAAAAUCACUUUACCUAAAGAACGUGACUCCCCUGCCAGUCGCCUGGCGGAUCAGCGGCCUGGAGAACAUUGGCGAUGACUUCUGUUUGUCCGAGGAUAUCGGCAUCAUUGAGCCCUUCACUGAACACUGCCUGCUGGUCAACUUCAAGGCCACAAAGGCCCUCAACCUCAAGAAGGCUAUCCGGCUAGAGGUUUCUGAUGCAGAAAAUAUUCUGGGGAUUGUUCAGAUUGAGAAUAUACAGAUUGUUGCUGAGGCCUAUGAUGUGGCCCUGGACAUCAGUUUCCCCAAGGGAACAAAUGGUGGUUUGGAAUUUGGGAUUGUCAGAGUUAUGGAUGAAGCUAAGCAGAUGUUAUCCAUGAAGAACAAAGGCAAAUACGAGAUUGCUUUCAGCUUGGUUAUUGAAUCGACAGAAUAUGGGAUGUCUGACCUGGGUCAGCUGUUCACCAUCCAGCCCCAGAAGGGGAAUCUGGGUCCCAAUGACCGCCCUACACAGGUCCAGAUUGUCUUUCAUUCAAAGAAGGAAGUGAAAAUUGAGGACAAGCCUGUUCUGCAGUGCCAUGUGAUUGAGCCUUCCCUCUGUGAGGGGGGGGAGACCAUCGCCACCAUCCCCAUCCGAUUGUCAGUACUGUCCUUAUUCAGCAAGUACAAUAUUGUCCCUCCAUCCAUCAUUAACUUUGGGCCGUUGAUGAACAGCACCCGGAAGACUGGCAACUUCACCAUCGAGAACAAAGGGGUCCUGGACUUUAAGUUCACCAUUUGCAAGCAAGUCCGUGACUUUGUGAUUACAGCAAAGAAAGGAAACUCUAACAUCAAAAGUUCCCGUUCCCGUGAGACAGACCUCAGCCGGCAGAAUGCUUUUAUGAGCACAGGCAGGCAAAGCAAGCAUGCAGAUUCUUUGCAGAAGGACAUGAACCUGAUAGGGCAGGCUCGCUUCUCUUCUGGUAUGUUCACUGUGUCUCCGGGGUUUGGAAACAUUGCCGCAGGAGGCCAUCAGGUCAUCACGGUGGAUUGCUUUGCUGAGCCUGCUGGGAAGUGUGAAGAAUACCUGAUCAUUGAGAUCACAGACCGAGACCCUGAAGACAGUCCUGGAGGCAUCGUCUACACUCUUGUUGCAGAGUCCUGCAUCCCAGGAUUUGUGACUGACAAUCCAGGGAUCAUUUUUGAGGAGCAUCGGAUCUGUAACAGUGGCAACCUCAGCCAGGUGUUGAAGUCCAUAGGUUGCGAAGGAGUUUUUGUGACAGACGAGAACAAGUUUCUCUUUAACAAUGUCCUGAUUGGGCACCAGGCAACAGCCCGCUUCAAGAUCUGCAACCCAGGCCGGAUCCCCUGUGAUGUUGUCAUGACCACAAAGCCCAUUUCUGCCAAGUCCACUGUCCGAAUCAGCGACACCUUUGAGCUCUAUCCUGUGCGCAUGUCCAUCGCCAGUCAUUCACAUGCCUUUGCAACCCUGACCUUCUCACCACAGGCCAUGCAAAACUACCAGUGCAUUUUUGAGACUUCAGUAGAUGCAGUGCCGAGUGUGGUUGCCAGAUCAAGAGCUCUGUCCUUUGAAGUCAGUGGAGAUGGCAGCCUUCCUCAGAUCACCAUUGUGCGCCCUGUUCUUCGUAAUAAAAAGGGGAACCCGCUCCUCCUCUUCAGAAAGCUCCUCUUAGGUCACAUGGAAGCACUCCCCCUUGUCCUUAAGAACAGCGGCAGCCUUUUAGUCCAGUUGUACCUGGAUGUGUCUGAUGAGAGUGGGGCCUUCACCCUGAGGCCCAGGCCCACCACCCAGUGCAUUUACCUCUCUUCUCAGAACGAGGAGAGUGAGCCCAGCGAUGGAGUCCGAAAACCACACACAGCUUCCUUGGUGCUGCACAACGGGGAGACAGCUGAGUUGGAUGUGAUUUUCCAGCCCAGCUUGGUCCAGCGGGUUGAAGGGCUGAUCCACCUCUCUAUGGUAGACAACCAGUAUGAGGAAACCAGCAUCCAGAUGGUUGGCGAAGGCUAUCAGGAUAACGUCACGCUAGACAAUAUUCAUAGCCCAGUGGCCGAGACCGAUGCAGGGGACAUUGAGGGGCAACUGGAUGAGAACACAGGAGAGGCAGUGAGAAUGGACCACAUCCAGUUUGGAGACUGCCACAUUGGGAAGCUGUAUCAGGCCGCGUUCACAAUCACAAAUCACAGCAAGUCAGACGUGAUGAGAUUUGAAUGGCCUACUGGGCCCCCCUGCCAGUUCUCCCCACAGAUUGGCCAUCUCCAUGCAAGGUGCACUAAAAACAUCACUCUGGCUUUGAAAGCCAGCCUGCCCAUCUCCCUCAGAGAGCAGCUCCUUAGGUGCAAGAUCUCCAGAAUUACCUUCCAGUGCUCUGCUGACCAGGUCCCAGACUGGGAUGAUCGCUUGCAUACUGUCAAAUGGGUGGAUGUGUCAAAAGGCAUCACAAGUAUACGUCCAGCAAAAAAGAAGGUGAUAGAGACUGAUCCAGAACCUACUCAUAUGACUGUGGAGGAGGGUAGCCAGGAACUGGUGCUUCGAGUGAGUGCCAACGUCGACUUUGCCCAAUAUAAAAUGGAUGCAGAUGCUGUGCACUUCAGAGACACGUUGCUCUUCCAAACACGGGUGUUCACGGUGGAGCUGUCCAACACAGGCAAUGUGCAACUGGAGUAUUCCUGGAAAGUAGUCAUGGAAGAAGGUGGGAAGGCUGUUAACUUUGCUACCGAACCUUUGUCAACAAGCCCAGAAGGGGACCCAUCUAGAGCAUCAACUGCUUCCAUCAAGGCCCAGUCUAGCCGGCCCUUCAGUCAGCUGGCUAGCCUCCUGGAGAGUUUAUCUUCCUACAUUUUCCCAGUGGUCACCCGCCCUCCAUUCUCCAUGGAGCCCAGCAGUGGGAAGAUCCCUCCUGGGAAAUCUCAGUCCCUCCAAGUGAAAUUCUCUCCCCAGGAAAUAGGAGAGUUUGAGGGUCGUCUACUCUGCAGUAUGCCUAAUCUGAAGCUAGAUGAGAAGGGCCCUGUUAUUGCUGUGAAAGGGAAGAGUCUCCUGCCAUAUUGCCACUUUGAGCUGGAAGACUCUGAUUACAUCACUGCAAACAGGCGGAAUUCGGACUUGCGAGGACCAGGUGGGAUUAGUCUGGACCCCCAAACAAAAGUGAUUGAAUUCACCUCUGUGGGAGUCCAUGUCAAGAACAGCAGGAGCUUUACCAUCCUGAACCCCACCAAUGCCGCCUAUUCUUUCCAGUGGAGGUGUGAGCAGCAGGAAGAGAGGAAAACUCCCCCAGCCUUCAUCUGUAUCACUGAGCGAGGGCUCCUCCGGCCAGAGAAGAAGAUAGAGAUCAUAUUCGAAUUCAUUCCCAAGCAUCUGGAUGUUACUGAAUCCUUCUGGACCUUCACCAUUGCUGAACACAACAUCACGGUCCCUUUUCUUCUGGUGGGUCACACCACUGACCCAGCUGUUUUUUUCGAGAAAGUCCACCUGAACCUCCAGUCACUUCUGAUUGGACAUGAAGCUCGCGGAUGCAUUGAUAUCCACAAUGAUGAGAACAAAGCCUAUACUUUUGCUUUCCGGGACGCUUCCCGUUUUUCAGAGGGGCGAAUCAACAGCCUGAACGUGCAGCCCAUGGAAGGGGUGGUGCCACCUCAUUCCAGAUUCCCAUUUCACAUCCACUUCACACCAACCCUGGAAGGGGAAGUGAAUUUUAACCUCAUCUGUGAUGUCAAGAAGAAAAGCCAGCCACUCUGUCUGAAUGUCAAAGCCAUAGGCCACGCCAUGAAUGUCUCUGUGAAGUGUGAAGAAAGCCUCGGGGUGGUGACUGAGCUGAACCCAGAACAUCCGAAGCAGAUCCACUUCCGUGAGAUGCAAGUCAACGAUUACGCAGAGUGCAACUUCUCCAUCCUCAACACCGGCAAAUUCAACUUCACCUUUUCCUGGGAAUUCUGCAACGCCAAGAAGUUUCUGCAGUGUUUUGCCCUCUCCCCAGAGAGUGGCACUGUGGAGGCCGGAGAACGGAUGGAGGUCAAGCUCUCCUUCCACCCAUUGAAGGCCUUCACCUUAAAGGACAUUGAACUCAAACUGCAGAUAAGCCACGGUCCCACAUUUACAUGUGUGUUGCAAGGCUCAGUGUUGGCUCCCAGCAUCCAUUUCUUGCCCCUCAAAGUGGACUUUGGCAACUGUUUUAUCUACCAAGCUGGGAUGCCCAUUUCCAAGAGAAUCUUGGUGAUCACUAAUAAAGAGAGCAGGAAAGCCAGUGUGGCGUGCUUGUUCACCAACACUGCCUACCUUGAGAUCGGUUUCCGUUCUGAAGCUCUAAAUCCCGGAGAAAAGGUGGAGAUUCCCAUCAGCUUUUAUCCCCGAGAAGCCAUUUCCUACCAUGAAAUCGUCACCUUUGAAAUAAACGGGAUCUUACAGCGGACUGUAGAGAUCUUUGGGAAAGGCAUUGAGAUGAAGAUAGACGUUGUGGAGCCUCCCCAGAAAGUGCUGAAAUUUGGAGCUAUCCCUCCAGGGCACAUUGUGAAGAAGGGAGUCACACUAAUGAACAACAGUGUUAUCUUCGUCACAUUCAGCCUAAGUUUUGUGGCUUCCAUCCCGGAGUUGCAGGAAGCAAAGGUGCUCACUAUGUCUCCCAGUGGUGAAAUUACCUUGAAGCCCCGGGGAGGCACCUGUCACGUGGAGGUGACAUUCAGUCCGAAGAGCCGCAUCCUGCCCUUCUCUGAGGAGGUUCUGCUCGAAUGCCAGGGGGUCCUGCACUCCCUCUUCAUCGUACAAGGCUGCUGCCAGGGCAUUGAAGUCCACCUGGACCAAGAUCACAUCCCCUUUGGAGCUGUGGUGCUGCGGAGCCAGGCUUCUCGGCGCAUCGUGAUGCAGAACUCGGGAGACCUCGGAGUGGGCUUCCGAUGGGAUGCCAAAAGCUUCAAACCAGACUUCUCCAUCAAACCGACAGAAGGUUACAUUUCUCCAGGAACAAGUGUUCCCUUUGAAGUGACCUUCCACCCUUGUGAGCAGAGUCAGGACAUCUGCUAUGAAAACCUCCUGUGUCACAUCCAAGGUGGAGAACCUGUGAGGCUCACGCUGAGUGGAUUAUGCGUGAGCGUCCCGCCUGUCAAAGAGGUGGUAAAUUUCAUAUGCCAGGUGCGUGGAAAGCAGACACAGACCAUCAUGCUAUCCAACAAGACUAACCAACCGUGGAUAUUGCGGCCCAUUAUUGAGGGAGAGCAGUGGAAAGGGCCAGAGUACGUCAGGGUGGAAGCCCACCAGCAGAACAAGCCCUAUGAAGUCACAUACAGGCCUCUGGCUAUGAAUGUAGAAAACAGGAAGGACCAGGGCUCCAUCUUCUUCCCCCUCCCAGAUGGAACAGGACUGCUUUACCUCCUACAAGGCACUACUGAGCCUCCCAAGACAGCUGGGAACAUCAUGAGGGAAAUUCCGUGCAAAACAUCCUACACGGAGCUGCUUCCUAUCACCAACUGGUUGAACAAGCUGCAAAGGUUUCGGGUAACAGUUGAUAUGAUAAAGCCAGAAAAACUGGAAGUCACAACCACCCUGAAAACUCUGGACUAUGUUGAAGUGCCAGCCUCCACCAAGAAGGACCACAAGCUCACCUUCUUCUCUUACAAAGAGGGCAUGUACACCGCCAAGAUCACCUUCCGCAAUGAGGCCACCCAGGAAUUCUUAUUCUAUCUGAUCACAUUUAAGGCCACCCCAUGUGGCCCACUAGGCACCCUCGAGUUGACUACAGCUGUCCGGCAAAGUACCUCCUCCUCAGUCAAGGUGGAAAACCCGCUGCACUACCAGGUGUCCUUCAAUACGGACUGCAAGGUGCCAGACAUCAACCUGCCUCCUCAGUUCACGGUGCCUGCUCAGUCUGAGGGAACGCUGGUCUUUGAGUUCCUGCCGAUGAGGCCCGGGGAAACCAGUGGGCGCCUGGCUCUCAACAGCAGCGAACUGGGCUCUUUCCAGUACGAUCUGAUCCUGAAGGCCACGCCGGCCCACCCAGAGAAGCCCCUCACUUUCUCCACCAUGCUGGGCAGCAGCCAGAGCUUGGUGGCCAAGAUCGUCAACUACACCCGCCAGAAGACGGAGUAUUCCACCAAGAUCGACAGCCCGGACUUCCAAGCCGAGAAGGUCAUCAGCGCGCCUGCGGGUGCCCAAACGGGCACCGAGGUGGGCGUGGAGGUGACGUUCGAGCCGUGCCAGCUGGGCGAGGCCCGCGGGACUCUCCUGCUCUCCUCGGCGGCGGGCGGCGACUACGUGAUCCCUCUGCGGGGCACGGCACUGCCCCCACGGCCGCAGGGCCCCGUGCAGAUCCGGCUGGGCGGCACCGCGUCGCUGCCCUUCAAGAAUGUCUUCCUGCAGCCCACGGCCUUCACCUACGCCGUGGACAGCGCUGCCUUCUCGGUGCGCGCCGCUGAGACCAUCCGCCCCAAGAAGACGGCUACCAUCUCCGUGGCCUUCGAGGGAGCCGGCGGCGGGAACAAGGCGCCGGUCACCGGCAAGCUGGUGGUUUCGUGCCCGCGCGCCGCCGGGCUGGGCUCGCCCGUCAGCUGGGUCUACUACCUGCGGGGGGUCCCGCCCGAGAAGUAGCUCCUCCCUCGCAAUAAAGUAUUUCUGCGAAACGAAAACGAGUCCGGCGCCUCUUUUGGGACAGGAGGGGUUCCAGGUCGCGGGGGGGUCGCGGUUCCG